GCCCCGCACCGCCCCCGCCGUGAUGCGGCCCCGGCUCCGCCUCCCCCGCUCCGCCGGCGCUGGGAGCUCCCUUCGCCUGUUUGCCCUUAUUUAAUUUCGAGUGUGAUUUUGCUAUUUUUAGCAGCUGGAUCCCCUCCAAUCCGCAGUCGCCGCGGGCGGGGGGUCCCUUCGCUCCGCAACACAGACCCGCCGGGAAAAACAAAAAACCAUCCAAAACCGGCCCCAAAAGCCACGGCGAACGGCCGGCUCCGGGAUCAAGCUGCCUACGAUGAGUGAAUCCAGCGCCAAAUCCAGCCAGCCCCUGGCCUCCAAAGGGGACAAAGACGUCUCGGAGAAGAGGGGCCGAGGGCGGCCUAGGAAGAAGCCGCAGCAGGAGCCCAGCGAGGCCCCGACCCCCAAGAGACCCCGUGGACGGCCGAAGGGCAGUAAAAACAAGGCCACCACAAAGGGCAGGAAAGCUGCAGUCACGCCAGGGAGGAAACCUCGAGGGCGACCCAAAAAAUCGCAGCAGGACGAGGAGGAGGUGAACAUUUCCCAGGAGUCAUCCGAGGAGGAGCAGUGACACCUCCCGAACCGGCGCUACCUCAUCGCCCGACCGGCCGGGGGAGAGGGGUGGGGAGAGACCCACUGUGCCGCCCUGGCUUCCUCCUCCUCCUCCUCCCUCCUCCGCUCCCUCCUCACCCUCAGACAACGGCAGCACUGGAAAAUGGCCCAACCCGGGCGGCCCCCGCAGCCCCCGCCCGGGGGGGCACUGCCCCAGCUCCCCCUCCCCAGCCCUGGCCUUUGGGGCACCCCUCUGUUAGGGGGGAUCACGGCAGAGAGCCGGGCUGGCACCCCCCGUGUGGGCAUCUCACCCCGCCAAAGUGGGGCUGCUGCCCCCCCAGCACUGGGCUCUGCAGGGAAGAGAUGGGGGGGCAGUGAAGGUGAGACCCCCCCCAAAAUGAGUUCGACCUUUGCUCUGGCCUGCUGCUACCCUGGGCAGCCCCAUGUCCCCCCAGCCCUGGGUGACUGCACUGUGUGUGGGAGCAGCUCGGGGCCGGUGCCCACGCCCAGGGGUGCCCACACCCAGGGGUGCCCGAGCACAGCUGGCUCCGGGCAGCCCUCUCCUCAUAGGUUCUGGUAUAUAUAUUUUUUUUUUUUGUUUAGUACAUUUUUUUUUUUCCUUUCAUUCACAACUACCUCUGGAUAUUUAAGUUCCACUCUCUGGACUCACAGACGUGCUGCUGCGCUGCCAGGGCACCGUGGGCUCCGUGGUUCCUCUUUUCGGAGUGUUGCUGGGGGCUGUGGGGUAUUUUUUUUUUUUCCCCUCCUUUUUUUUGGGCUUCAUUUUUCUUUUUUUUUUUUAAUUGUUAUUUUGAGGUCUAGUUUGCUCUGCUGCUUCAAGGGAUCGAGGCUGGCAGGGCAGAGGUGUGGAGGGACCAUGGGAUGCUCCCCCUUCCCCUCUGCCCCGGCACGACGGCUGCAGCGGGACCGGAGGUCGGUGCCGGGCGGCCCCGGCGGGAGAGAAUCGGGGUUUGGUUUGGGUUUUUUUUUGGUUCACUGUUAACGACCUUUUGGGUUCCUAUUUGCAGUUACUUGAAUAAAACAUUUUAUGGA